CAAUUUUGCCACUAAUGUGUUAAUUUGAAUUUAUGGGGCGUGUUUAUGGGAAUGAUGGUGUUUGUGGUUCACAUACCCAAGAAAAGCGUACUAGUAGGUUUUGGAGUUGUGGGACUGUGUUAAUGUGGGACUAAAACCACAUUGGUUUUGGGUAGCUAGUACGACGUGGGUGCGUGAAUCGGGUUUUUUGUAUGGCCCGAACUCGAAAAUGUGUUGACCCGGAAAAUCAAAUUGGUUAGGCCUGUAUAAGUGUUUUGGAAAUAGGAAUCAUCCCCAAAUUGGGAGACGAUUCGGUGGCUAGGUGCAACGUGAACCUUAUUAAUUGUUGGAAUUGCCCCCCCCCAUUUCGCAAAUUCAAAUCAACAUAAUCCCUAAACAGACGGAAGAGAUUGAAGGAAUAAUUGACCCCGAGUUUGUGCAUAUCAGAGGUGGUGUGGUUGUACUUGGCGUUGAGUGCUGUGGCGUGAAGAACACUAGUUUGGUUGGUCGGUCGGAGGUGUCUCCUGUGAAUCCGGCUUAGCGUAGUGGUAGUGGACUAGUUGAUCCAACGUGACGUGAACAAUGUAUGCGACGUGAUGACCCAGAACUCAAAAUGGUCCGUGAACGUGAACAAUGGUGUGUGAAGCGGGUUAACGUGAACGUGAACAAUGGUGCGUGAAUCCAGCUUAAACAUGAAUGUGAAUAAUGGUGAGGUAUUACUGCAAAUACCUUUUACUUGAUUAGGAAGAACCUUGUGAAGAAAUGCAUUGAGAUGUUCAAUGAGAUUGCAGAGAACAAGGAGGACUACAACAAAUUCUAUGAAGCUUUCUCCAAGAAUUUGAAGUUGGGUAUCCAUGAGGACAGCCAGAACAGGGGGAAAUUGGCUGAUUUGCUCCGAUAUCACUCAACAAAGAGCGGCGACGAGCUGACUAACUUGAAGGAUUAUAUCACGAGAAUGAAGCAAGAAGACCAUGGAGAUCAAUCCUGACAAUGGAAUUAUGGAGGAGUUGAGGAAGAGAGUUGAGGCUGACAAGAACGACAAGUCGGUGAAAGAUCUUAUGAUGCUGCUGUUUGAGACGGCGCUCUUGACUUCUGGGUUCAGUCUUGAUGAUCCAAAUACAUUUGCUGCGAGGAUUCACAUGAUGUUGAAAUUGGGUCUGAGCAUCGAGGAGGAUGAGGAAGCAGGCGAGGAUGCCGACAUGCCAGCUCUGGAAGAGGAGGCUAACGGGAUCACUCAUAGGUUAGAAAGAGAAAAGCAGAGAAGAGAGAGAAAAAGAGAAUAG